CGCCUUUUCUCGUAACGAAGCCAUUUUGCGACGAAGCCAUUUCCGUGCAGCUGUGAUAUUUUCAUUGCAGUAUUUUCAUAUGAAUUCAGUUUAUAUAAUAUUAUAAAACGGAUGUUAAAUAGGCUUUAAAGGUCAAUCAGACAUAGCACUUGGAGCACAUCUGAUACACGUCUCAACACACUCCACAGGACCCAAACAAUAAUGAGUUGGAUCAUGGAAUACAACCCAGAGAAGAAGAGUAGAGAAAAACUCUUAAAAUAUUACUGUUCUCUCACGCUGGAUCCGAACACGGCACACAAUAAUCUCGAGCUUUUAGAGGGCAACAGAAAGUUGGCAUGCGGUAAAACAAUGCCAUAUCCUGAUCGUCCAGAAAGGUUUGACGGCCUUCUGCAGGUUCUGUGUAAAGAGCGUCUGUCUGGACGCUGUUACUGGGAGGCUGAAUGGAGCGGGUUGGGUGAUAUGGUGGUGUCUUAUGAAGGAAUCGGCAGGAAAGGAGAAGGUUUUGAGACCAGGUUCGGAGCCAAUGACAAAUCCUGGAUUCUGAGCUGCUUCGGAGAGAAACUGAUUGCCUGGCAUGACAAUAUGGGAACACAUAUACCUCCCCCAGCACCUCCCUUAAACAAAGUAGCAGUGUAUUUGGACGAGCCGGCCGGCACUCUGUCCUUCUACAGCAUCUCUGACACAAACAAACUCAGACACUUACACACAUUCAACACCACAUUCACUGAACCCCUCUAUGCUGGAUUUGUGCUUUAUACCGCUUCAGUGUCUCUACGUGAUGUUAAAAAGACAGGAUGAACAUUUUCUAUUCUCUACAAGAUAUACAGUGGACACAAAUAGUAUCUGCGCUCUUUAGACAACUAAUAAUAUCAAAACAAGUGCCCUUUAUUUUAUAACACGAGCACUUUUCAACUAAAAAGCUUUACUAAUGUCAAACUUUGUGUAACAUUAAUAUAAUCCACAUAAUGAUCGUUCUGUCAAAAGGGACCUUUUGACCAUUGCUUACAAAGUUAAAUUAGUGUUAAGAAAGGCCCUAGCAUCUUUUGUUGCCUGAGCAUUGAAACAUACAAAACUAAGAUUAUUCAAUAAACUCUGCUCAUUUUACCAUCA